UACAAGGGUGAGCCACCAGCGCCCAGCUUCUUAAGGUUUUUCUGAAGUAUAUCAUCAGUCAAAAGUGUGUAGUGAUUGGUAAAAAAUUAGUGUUAAUACAGUACCUUAAGAUCUUUUCCAUAAAAAUUGACAGCUACUUCUGCCCCUCCACCCUCCCCCCACCCAGAAUUUAUAAAGGCCUCAAGGAGUGAUGUCUUUUGAAGACCAGUGAGCAUCAUAAUUAGACCAUUGCUUUGUUAUUAGGACCACUAUGAAAUACUCCUUUUAUGUGAGGCUCCAAAACUUGUGAAUCUAAUGAAUAUAGAGGAGUUUGUUUUUUUUUUAAGUCAGGUACUGAACAGAACUUUAAAAGCCUUCCUCAGUUAAUCAGAAUGGCCAGUGUUUCAAUUUCAAAACUUCCCAGAUUUUUUUUAUACUGUCCUAAAUGACUAAACAUGUGUUGGUUCUUAAGACAUUACUCUAGAUUUUGACAGCCUAGGAGGUUCAGUGAGGAAAAAACAAUUAAGCACUAAGUACAGUGUAAGCUAUCAAAAAGUAUAAUAAUAGAGGUAUAAUCAACCUGCUAAGAAAGCCAGAAAAGUUAUGGUAAGCAUUUGUUUUAGGAGUUAAGAAAUGUGUUUUGCUGAGUGCCAGUGUUCUGCUGGGUGCCUAUGCCUCAUGCCUGUAAUUCCAGCUACUAGGGAGGCUGAAGUAUAAGGAUCAGCAUUUGAAACCACUCUAGGAAAGAAAGUCCUCUAGACUUUUAUCUCCAGUUAGCCAAGAAAAAAUAAGCCAGAAGUAGGACUGGCUCAAGUGGUAGAGUGCUAGCUUGCCCUGAGCAAAAAAACUAAGGGACAGUCAACAGGCCCUAAGUUCAAGCCCCAGUACCAGCACACAAAGGGGGAAAGGCUUUCUCUGAUAUGCUCUCAAAUUAUGGAAUCAUGUUUGGUUUCAUUAUUUGAAAGAACAUUGAGAUUAUGGCAUUCAGGUGGGUUUAUGAUAGAAAAUAACAAGUGAUAUUCUAAAUAGAGGGAAAGCAGGAGCAGCAUGGUGUAGAGUCAGGAAGUACAUCAUGUAGAAGCAAAGAGGGACAGGACAAUGGGAAAGGUUGAACAAAUGGAAAUGGUACUGGAAAGGUUGCCUAAGGGCUUUGAAUAGAGUAUUAUAAAGUUUAAAUAGUAAAACCAUGAUGGUUUAUGAAUAGGGGAGAAACAGAUCAGAUCCUUUAAAAAAAUAGCAUUUGACAACAAGAUGGAGGAAGCAUUAAGGAAGGAAUUAUUAGUCACUGAAAGACCGUUUAGGAGUUAAUGUGUUCUUCAAGGUUCUCCAGCCCAGUACAGGAAAGGAGAGAUGGCUUCUGGGAAAGAAAUGAAUGUCUGUAGUCUCAAUGAUUAACUGAUCCUAUUAUUUGAGAGAACAUUGGAGGAACAAAUUUAGAGAAGGUUUAUUUGUGUGUUAACAUUUUAUUUUUGAGGUGACUAUUUUCCAUUCAGUUGAUGGCCACUAAGUUAUAUGUUUGAGGGGUUGAGAAUGUAAAGUACAAGUCUUUCAGUUGCUUUAAACUGCUAACCACUUACAUCCUAGUAAGAGGUCCAGCAGAUUGGAUAUAGAAAAUAUUUCAGUUAAAUGAUAGUUACUAGUACAGGCUGAAACCAUCUAAUAUAGACUGUUCUACAUGAAAAGAAGAUGAGGGUCAGAGCCUUGGAUGAUAAGUGGGACAAUAAUUAAACAUUCGAAAAGAGGACCCCAAAAGAGAUAAAUGGAAAAAGGCGGUAAUACUAAAUGAGCUAAGAAAAAUCAGUAUACUUGGCAUGUAGGUAGCUAUUACUGAUUAUUCAUUAAAUGAAAUAUUGGUGGAAUAAAACUAGGACUUGUAAGUUGAUUGAUGUAUUUGGUAUACAAAUAUUUUCUCCUUUCUCUUUUUAAGUAUGGAAACUUCAUUGAUAAGCUAAGAGUCUUCACCAAAGGAGGAAGUGGUGGAAUGGGUUAUCCUCGUUUAGGUGGAGAAGGUGGAAAAGGUGGUGAUGUAUGGGUUGUAGCGCAUAAAAGGAUGACAUUAAAAGACCUGAAAGACAAAUAUCCUCAGAAACGUUUUGUGGCUGGAGAAGGAGCAAACAGUCGAGUCAGUGCUUUGAAAGGCUCCAAAGGAAAAGACUGUGAAGUCCCUGUUCCUGUGGGUAUUUCAGUAACUGAUGAAAAUGGUAAAAUUAUAGGAGAACUCAACAAAGAGGAAGACAGACUUUUGGUAGCUGAAGGUGGCCUUGGUGGUAAAUUACUUACAAAUUUCUUACCUUUGAAAGGUCAAAAACGAACAAUUCACCUUGACUUAAAGCUGAUUGCUGAUGUUGGCCUAGUAGGAUUCCCAAAUGCUGGAAAAUCCUCUUUGCUAAGUCGGGUUUCUCGUGCAAAACCUGUGAUUGCAGAUUAUGCAUUUACCACAUUAAAGCCUGAGCUUGGAAAGAUUAUGUACAGUGACUUCAAACAGAUAUCAGUAGCUGAUCUCCCAGGUUUGAUAGAAGGAGCACAUAAGAACAAAGGAAUGGGCCACAAAUUCCUCAAGCAUAUAGAAAGAACAAGACAACUACUUUUUGUUGUUGAUGUUUCUGGAUUUCAGCUUUCUUCCCAAACUCAAUACAGAACUGCCUUUGAAACUGUUAUACUACUGACAAAAGAGUUGGAGUUGUACAAAGAAGAACUUCAUGCAAAACCUUCACUCUUGGCCAUUAAUAAAAUGGACUUGCCAGAUGCCCAGGAUAAAUUUCAUGAACUGAUGUACCAACUCCAGAAUCCUAAAGAUUUUUUGCAUCUAUUUGAAAAAAAAAUGAUUCCAGAAAAGAUUAUGGAGUUCCAACAUGUCAUCCCCAUCUCUGCAAUUACAGGAGAAGGAAUUGAAGAAUUAAAGAGUUGUAUAAGGAAAUCACUAGAUGAACAUGCUAACCAAGAAAACAAAGGCUAUCAUGAGAAACAGUUGCUUAAUUUAAGAACUCUCAGUACAGUUGUACAGUAGGCUGCCAUCAAAAUAUGCUUUUACAAGUUCCAGGAAGGGUAUUAUUUAAAUCUAGUAAAAAUAGAAUACUGUCUGGUCCUAAGAAAGAAAGAAAUCAUGUUAUUUCUAACAAUAUGGAUGAACCAAAAAUACAUGAUGUUCAAAGUGAUAAGCCAGGAACAGGAGAUAAACACCACAUGAUUUAACUUCUAUGUGGAAUCUAAAAAGUUUCAUCUGGUAGAAACAGUAGAAUGAUUGUUAGCAGAGACAGGGAGAUAGGAGGUUGGCAAGAUAUUAGUUAAAAUGAAAAGGGUUUCAUUUAUUUUGAAUAAACUUUAUUGUACAGUUA